UCUCAAGUAUCGACCCAUAGACGAACAUCCACCACUUGAAAAUGGCUCGACUUUGUACUCUCGUUCUAGUAACAUUUUCGAUUUUCCUCGAUUGUUGCUCUAAGAAAAUUGAACUCGAGCUUCAAAGAGUUGAACAAAUCGGUGGAGAAGGAUUCGUAACCAGUAAUCUACGUGUAAGAAAAUUCAACCGAACAACCGCUGUCGUAUCCGGAACAAUUCAAUACCACGAAGACUUGGACAAUAGCUUUACGUUCGAAAUGCAAUCCGCGUACAGCGCUCUCGGAAACAACCAGUUCAACGAAUAUCCGAUGAAUUUAAAGAAGCAAAGCUUUUGCGAUUUCCUCAACACAACCUACCGAGAGUAUCAGCAUCUUUGGAAGGACAGUUCCGAUUGGAUUCAGGUGGGCCCCGAAGGAUUGUGUCCCUGGCCCAAGGGCACUUACACCUUCACCGAUCUGUGGCUGACAGAUACCUCGGACAUUCCUCCGGUCGUUCCAGCGGGCCUCUGGAGAAUUGGCGUCGUGUACACGGGACCGAAGCAGCAGAAAGCAAUCAUUCAGUUCUUCUCGAAAGUUUAUUAUUCUUAAGGUUUUUUUUUAAUUAAAUUCUUUAAACCAUUUGAAAUCUUGUUCAAAAAAAAAUUUCCUUGU